GCCUGCCAUUUGAGAUCCAUAUCCAUUAGGCAGACUACCCAAUCAUGAACAACGAGAUCUUCAUAAAUACUCUAUUAUGAUGGUUAUCAUGUGGUUUCCAUAAUGAAUACCGUGACGAGAUCAUGCGAUGUAGCAACCGCUCGAAGCCGUCGCAUCCACAGAGAAUUGAUAUUCUCCGAGUGGUCUCGGCCGUAUGAUAUGAAUCUCCCCGACCGGGACUAACGAACAUAAAAGCCGCAGGAUCAUCUCGCGCUUUGUCCUUUUGGCUCUUUUCAGAUACACCAGCGACGUUGCAGGCUUAUUGCAUUUUUAACUGGUACAGAUUUUAGCAUAAUGGAACAUGAAUCAAACCUUCCCGCCCUGCCCACCGGCGUUCAAAAUAGUCAGUCCAACCGUCAUGGUCAGGAGGAUGUGUCUCGACACGGAGAACCUACCUUGACGAUAACUCAGCCUUUGGACACAGGCGCUGUGUAUAGCACGCCAGAUGCCCAAGCACGCCCACAAUCAUCCUCGACAGGAAAAUAUCUAUCUGACUCGGCCGAAGACCACUCACCAGCAUCGGCUCUUCACCCUUCAAAUAACGUCUUUAGCGAUGAUCACAAUGUGAAUCGCCAUCUAUCUGGUGUAGCUUCGCUUCCACCACCUGCAAGAAGUAGAGAUGGACAUAAUGGUAUACGUGGGCCAGGACGACGAGCAACGAUGGGAGCAGCACCUGGCCUAGAUUGGAUAGUGCCAGUAGAGGAAACCACGAAAACGCAUGUCACGCCCCGACGUACUUUGCAUGAGCGCAUACAGCCGACUCUUGAAGUCGCAGUGACAGAGCGAGACAAGUAUGCCAAGAAAGGUUAUGCUCUCAACGCGGCAAUUGGCUUGCAGGUUCUUCUCGGAGCGCUCACCACCGCCAUUUCAGCGGCCACCACUGGCAGGCAGGCAAGCGGCCUCUCUACUCUUGUCGCCUCGUAUCUUGCACGCGCGCGGGGCUCCAAUGAACCAGAACUGUCUAUAACGCGUGUAAAAGACCUAGAACAAUUCAUUCGAGAUUGUAAGGCGUUCCAGAUGGAUCAUGGGCAUAUGUAUGGCGAUGAAAAAAAUGGACUCGAUCGACGCUUGGAAGACUUACGACGAAGGUUUGAAGAAUUAUUAGGGAAUGCUAACGGAGAGAGACGAUUAUCGCCUCCCGUAUAGUAUACCCGAUUAUGAUCAUUUAAGCCGAGCGUUCCACUCAAACGCUUCAUAAAAAUUACCGCAGAACGAACUCUUAGACAUAACCUCCCUCGCAUGAUAUAUUAUAGCACGCAGUUUUUUCUUUUUACAUCUUGGUCGCAUUAGCUCUUUCACGGCUUUACGGUUUCCACUUUGCAGUUAUUUUACUCUAGUAUGAACUUGAUGAUGACCCCAUCUCUGGGGAAUGUUUUGCAGUAAUGACAUCUGUUUUUUUUU